AUGGCGGCGUCCGUGGCAGCGAAGGAUGUGAACAUCUUUCUCAGCUCGAAGCAAAAUGUUCCCGACAAGGAGCUGGCCGCGGAAUGGCUGCAGCUCGAGGAGCUUUACAGCAAAAGGCUUUGGCAUCAGCUGACACUCAAAUUGGAGACGUUUGUGAAACAUCCAGCACUCCAGCAGACAGAUAAUCUCGUGCAAUUGUACGUUAAUUUUCUGUCGACCUUCGAAAACAAAAUAAAUCCAUUAUCAUUGGUGGAGAUACUAGCGCAUGUAAUACAACAGUUUCAAGACAAGCAGGAAGCGAUUAAAUUCUUAGAAAAAACUGAGGCUAAAGUCCAAAGUAACAAUGAAGCUGUGGCACUCUGUAAGGUUCUCAAGGGGCAAAUUUUAUUGGAUAAGCUGAAUAAUCAAGAGCAAGCGAAGAAGAUCAUAGAGGAGGUAGAGGCUAUGCUAGAUAACGCCGAUGGCAUUACAACAGUUCACGGGCGUUUCUAUCUUCUAGCCAGUCGACUGUACAGAUUACAAGGCAAACAUGCAGAAUAUUACCGUACAGCAUUGAGAUAUCUCGGCUGCAUUGAGCUGAAUAGCUUGAGCAGACAAGAGCAAGAGCAACACGCCUUCUUUCUCGGUCUCGCAGCGCUCCUAGGCGAGGGUGUUUAUAAUCUUGGAGAAUUAUUGGCACAUCCGGUCUUGGAAUCAUUGAGGGGUACAUCAAACAGUUGGCUUGUUGAUUUGCUACAGGCAUUCAAUGCCGGUGACAUUGUCGCUUUGGAAAGAUUAAAACCACAGUGGAGCAAAGUUGCCGACCUGGCUGCACAAGAAUUGAAAUUGAGGCAGAAGAUUUCCUUGCUAUGCCUCAUGGAAAUGACUUUCAAACGGCAAGCCAACAAUCGACAACUGACGUUCACAGAGAUUUCUCAGGAGACGCGCCUACCUCUCGGCGAAGUGGAGCUGUUGGUGAUGAAAGCUCUUGCCCAGGAUCUUGUACGAGGUGCUAUAGAUCAAGUGGCGGGUACCGUUAACAUGACAUGGGUACAACCACGCGUGUUAGAUCGCAGCCAAAUCGCAGGAAUGGUGCAACGUCUCGAUGGGUGGUGUAAGGAUGUUAGUUCAAUGGAGAAACUGCUGGAGUCCAGAGCCUCCGAAAUUCUUACUCUUUGAAGAAUUUCUUCAGCCAUUUCUGACUUAUUUGUCGUAUCAGCGCAGCGCUGAUUCAUGUACACACAUCUGCACACUACACACGUACGCAACAUUCAUAAUUAUAAAAUCAAUUUCUUAACGUGUCGUCGAUGAAUAUAAAAAAAGAUUAUUUCUUACUGUA